GGACACCUCCCGCAUCCGGCGAUACCCCAGCCAUUCUCGAAUCUCGAUGGUUAUAAGUUACAUACAUGCAAGUUACAACCUCCCUGCAACCUCCCUGCAAAGUCGAGAGGAUGUGCGUGGGACCGGGGUAUCUAUCAGCACUGAGAUGUGAGCACAGAGAGGUGGGCUGAUGUGGCCCAUCGAGGAUCUGCCUCUGCCGGGCUGCCAGACUGCCACUCGACGGUCGAAGUGGAGUGGAGUACGUGCUCCCCCUCCUCCCAGUGCCCCCCAUCCCCACAGCACAACAGCAGCACAACAGCACAACAGGACGGAAAAAGAGCUUGGCUGCAGCAACUUGCAGGACUCCGUUAUUUUUGUUAUUACACAUUAUUCAGCAUUCCCCCGCACGAGACGAGGGUGUGCGACGUGCUUAAAAGCCUUCUUGUCCCGCUCCUGCUCCUGCUCCCCCCUCAACCGUCUCACCGCCGCCUCUCCACCCUCACCCUCACCCUCAACCGAAAAACAGAAAAGCGAUGAUCCCCAUCCUCCGCCUGGCCCCGCGCCUGAUGACAUCGAACCCAGCCAUGCGGCAGCAGCUCCGCCGCGAAGGCCACUGCAUCCCGCACGCGGAGCGGAUGGUCAAGUCGGGGGCGCCGGGGAUCGGAUGGAUCGGCGUGGUUGCUGCUGCUGGCGGGCUGACGGGCGGGUUUUGCGCUGCUUUGGCCUGGGCGGAUCCGGGACGGUAAAUGCUUUGCGAACUGGGGAUCAGGGAGGGGGAGGGGGGAGGGGGAUUGUGGGGGGAGGGCGUUCUUGCUUUUGCUUUUGCUUUUUGCUUGUUGUUUUGUUUUUGCUGGCGGGGAUGGGCGGGGAUGGGAUGGAGAUGGGGAUGGAGAUGUCCAUUGGAAAUUACUCGACAGACUUGCAGUUCUUCCGACUUCGUUGCUUCUGUGCUUCUGCCGUCGAUGUAGAUGGUGGGGAAUACUAUACCUACCUAGGGAUACUAGGAAUGCAUCCGUUUAUCUGAAUACAUACACGCAAUACACGCAAUACACGCGAUUGGAACUUGAACUCGCACUCGAC